AUAUAACAAAUCGUUUUGUCAAGAUGCGAUGUUUUUUUAAAAUAAAUGUCAAAUAAAAAUGUACAUACAUUUUAGUAUUAUUGUUACAACACAAACAUUACCUUGGGUUGGAUUUAGAACUUUAAUUUGUUUUUUGUUGUUAUUUUGCACUUGAAUUGCUCAAUGUGAAUCUGUUUAAAAGUGUUCUUCUUAAUAUUUUUAAUAACCAUCACAAAAAUUAAAUAAAUGUCAUGACCCAUCAAACAAAGAAAGUCAUGACAAUUAUUUUUCUGAACUAAAUUUCUGAUUAAUUUACUGGCAUUAUAGGGUCAAUUGCCACUUUAUUAGGUACACUUUAUUCAUACUAGACCUGUUUUAAACAACAGAAUAAAUUAAGUAUUAGUCUUAUGCUGAAAAAAAUGAAGAAAUACAGAUAUAGCAAAUGCAUAACAACAAUUCUUUGAAGAAAAAAUACAAAAGAAACCCUCAGAGUGAUGCAGCAGACCCUGUAAUUGUUAUCCUGUGGAGCAAUUUUUUAGUGAUGACACAAAAAAACGUCACCAAAUUUUAAAAAAAAGUAGCUCACACUGAGGUAGAAAAAAAACAGAAGUAACUUGUCAAAACACGUCAAAGAAAGGGGAAGUGCAGAGUAUUUUGUUUGUGAGCCAAACUAGACCAACCAGAUCAACCAUCUGAGAGAUACCAACCACUCCCCAUCUGCUCCACCAAGUCCACACAGUAAGUCACUCGACUUCAGUGUCUUGUCAUGUUGGACGAAAAGGAAGAACAUGGUGAUGGAAGCCCCAACACAAAAUGGCAACUUUUACCACAACAAAUUCUAUUCUGCUAUUAUGGAUCAAGAUGAUGGACGGAUUACAGACCUGGCAGAAAGGCACGGGGUCAACGUUUACAUCAAGGUAAAGGAUGAAGUGCCAGAAAGGAUUUUUAAUAAGGGAGGUUCUAUCCUUCCCCUUCACCUGGCUGUCUGUUACCGGAAAGUGAAGAGCAUGAAGAGCCUGCUGUCAGCGGGAGCAGACCCUGAAGAAAGUUGGUUUUUCUUUCAUCACAGGGAUCGACUUGGUCGAACAACACUACAUUUGGCAAUAACCGAUUGGCCAAGCAGGCUCACGAUUUGGCAAAAACCGGAUUUCAAGUUGCAGCCUGCGCUGAUGGGUGUGUACGGAAAUGCACAAGCUUGUUUGAGGCUCCUCUGUGAGCAGGGCGUUGACAUCAACACAAAGGUAGAAGGACAGAGUCAGGAGACGGCUUUACACUUAUCAGUACGCUACGCUGCCCCCGCUGCAGUCAAGAUCCUCACCAGCUUUGGUGCAAAUGUCAAUGCUGUGGACCACAGUGGGAUGACGCCCCUGCACAUGGCUGCUGGGACACUCCAUAAGGACAUUAUUACCUGGUUGAUUAGGCAUGGGGCAGAUGUCAACAAGGAGAUGAAACAAAGUGGAAACUCCGCCCUACACCUUGCGUGUACAGCAUUUGCCACAAAGUCCAGAAUGUCCAUGAAAAAUGACAUGAGCUGCAUCUCUGAGCUGUUGGAGCAUGGAGCUGAACCCGAUGCUGUGAAUAAGGCGGGACUUACACCUAUACAUGAGGCAUGCAUGAGGGGGAACGAGGAGCUGGUGGACCUGCUGCUUAGAUAUGGAGCUGAGGCCAAUAAACUGAGCUGUACGGGUGAAAACUGUCUGUUUCUGUUCCUGGAUCACAGGCCCAACAUACACAACAACUCCCUGCUGGCCAAACUGCUCAACCUGACCUCGCCGCUCAACAUCUACAAUCACAGCAACCGCCUGCCCUCAACCCUGACUCUACCACACUUCUUCAAGCAGCGAGAACAGCUCGUGAAGCUCAGUCAGGCGCCGAGGAAGCUGCAGGAAAUUUGCAAGCGAUGUGUUUAUCUGACAUACGUCCGACACCUGAAAGAGGAGUUGAAAAAAUCUUUGCCUGGGAGGGUGUACAACUUAAUUUUUAAAUGCUGGGAAACCCACAAUAUUAUAUUUAUGACUGGGGAUUAACAAGUUAAUGUGACUCUUCGCUGAAAACCUU